UCAGCUAUAACAGGCAGUAGGAGUGAAUGAGCCUGAGCCCGUCUCUCUUUACAAGGAACACUGUUGUCGGAGGCGCUACCGCCCUCCGCCUGCCAAAACCUCCGCUUCCGACUGGAAACAGGAGCCGGCGUCCGGAGCGCGAUGUAUCGAUCUGUUUGCUUGUAGCGGCUCUCCAGCGGACCCUCCAUGCGUCAGCCCCGGGAAUGGAUCAGGAAUCCGGUGCGGCGUCUGCAGGGAGUCUCAUGUCCCUGAAUGAGCAUGAACAGAGGUAUUACUCAGGUCUCCACAGCCUGUGCCAAGCUGACACUUCAGGAAAACUGUCGUCCUGCAAAGUGGCAGAGCUGUUCAAGGCGUCUCAGCUACCUCCGGAAUCCCUGCAUAAAGUGACCGAGGUGUGUGGAGCAAAGCGUCUGGGCUACUUUGGUAGGCCUCAGUUCUACGUGGCCCUGAAGCUGCUUGCGGCCGCCCAGUCUGGUUUGCCCAUCCACCUGGAGAGUGUAACAGCCAAUCUACCUCUGCCCAGAUUUGUUGGACUGAAGAAUGAACCAGAGAUGCGAUACUCAGCUGUCCCUCCAAACGCAGACGGUCCAGGGGCUCAGUGUGGGACUGCAGCAGGUUCCUUCUCGUGGACUCCGGCAGACAGGAGUGCUUUCAGACACCUGGAAGCCAAUACAGAGAGGAAGGAACCUUGGUCCCCACCACGAUCACCGUGCAGUUCACCUCCUCGCUCCCCGCUGACCUACCGCAGUUACCCGUACACCAAGCCAAGAAAUGGGACUGACUCACAGAUCGCCUAUGAAAGCAAACAUUCCUCACGGCCGAUUGUUCAGCUAGAGCAUCACUCCUCACCCAGCAACUACGGGAACAAACCCACUGUGGAGCAUCCCGUUAUGGCUCAGGCUUCAUCAUUAGAGAGGCUGGAUCAGCAGGGUGUAGUGGACUAUUCUGACGAUGACCCCUGGAGGAUCACAGAGGAACAGCUGGAGUAUUACACUAAUCAGUUCAGGAGCCUGCAGCCUGACAUGGGGGCUCUCAUCCUGGGAGCCACUGCAAAGAAUUUCUUCACAAAAUCCAAGCUGCCAAUACCAGAGCUUUCCCACAUUUGGGAACUGAGUGAUGUGGACAGAGAUGGAGCUCUCACGUUCUCUGAGUUCUGCAUAGCCUUUCACUUGAUUGUGGCUCGCAAGAACGGUUACCCCCUCCCAGAGAGCCUUCCUCCAACCCUGCGGCCAGAUUUCAUUGAGCAGCAAGAGGACAUACCUGAUACUCCUGAGAGUACAGAGCCUCUUAUCGUCUUUGAGGACACUGAACUGAGGCCUAGUCAGACGGAUCGGAGCAUCACAGAAAGGCUUCAGCCAGGUCUGACCACAACAAAGCAACAUUUGAAAGAGGUUCCAAGUAAACAAGAGGUCGUUGUGAAGAGGGUGACAGCAUCUCAAGAGAAACAGACUCUACAACCCGGUGCUUUUCCUGAGAGGCCAGAGCCGCCUCAGGACCUGGACACACAGAUGAGAGCAAAGACUAGACCGAGGUCCUACUCCAGCACUUCUUUUGAAGAUGCGGUGAAGAAAGCCGAGGAGCCUCCCACCCCUCCACCUCGACCCCAGAAGACCCACUCCAGAGCCUCCUCACUGGACCUCAACAAGCUCUUCCAACAGAGCGCUCCAGGGGUAAAAAGUGGAUGGUUGCCUCCUCCUCCAGCCCUCCCUCCAAGACCAUCAAUUUCACAGGUUUCUCAUUUCAUCAACGCUUCAGAGAAAACUCAGAAUAAAGUGCAGCAGCCAAACUUUGCUGACUUCAGUCACUUCAGAGAAGAGGAGGAGAGCAGUGUGAAACCUGAGGCACAGGGUCCACAUUCCAGGUUUGGUCCAAGCACUGAAGACUUGACAAAACAGGACAUGAUUGGAGUUUGUCACAGUCAGGCACCGCAGAAGCCGAUCCGCAGGAAGUACCAUCCAGACAGCCAGAACCUGGAGGCUGUACCUCCACCUGCCAUGACUUUUCCCCUCCCCACCAAGCCUGCUCAAAAGCUGCCAUCCAGACAGAAGAGAGAGAUCCAGAUGGCCAUUCGGAAAAACAAGGAAACCAACGCGGUGUUGACUCGUCUCAAUAGCGAACUCCAACAGCAGCUCAAGGUGGUCCACCAGGAGAGGGUCACCCUGGAGUCUCAGCUGGAGCUUCUGCGGCCUCUGACCUCGACAUGACUGAAGUCCAGUUAGAGUCACGUUACUCGUGUGUCACUGAAACACAGUCCUAUCAAACAAGAAUGUUUUAGCCAAGAUACAGAAAGCUGUGGUCUUUUGUCAUGAAUACAUCAUAAAUGUAAAAGGACUGAUGACUGGGACACUCAGGGAUGUGAUCCCUCAUCUGGAUGUUACCGUAUUACUUUUAAUGGUGUUUUGCAGGAUUUAAUCAUUACUUUUUAAAAACAUGGUAUGAUAUGCACAUGCAAAAUAUCCUGUUAUUCAUUGUGACAUUCUAACUUAUUUUUUUUCUUUUGAUGUUCCAUGAAUCUUACCUUGAUUACAGUACAUGUAACAUUUAGUGCGUAUGCUUUCAUGACUCAGUUUUGUUGUGUGUUAGCGAUGGGAGCAUGGGAGCUGUGCAUCCAUGUGUGGUCUAAAUCAAGUGAUGGUGCUACAGAUUACAGAUCUGAUUACUUUUUGCACUUAAGGUUUUAAAAAGACUGUGCUUUAUGUUUGGAAAAGCCACAUUAGAUAUGAGUUGGUUUUAAUUUGCACACAGAACUGGACUUGUCAGAAUAUAGCAUUGGAAAAAUAAGGCUAUGAGGACACUGAGGAAUGUUGAUGCUUUUGACACUGGAUUUGUAUGGCCAUUUUACUUGAAAAUUUGUUCCAUCUUUAAUGUAAGCAAUGUCUGACUGUUGAUUGUUUUAAAUCCCUUCAGAUUUUUGGUAUGAUGAGUUGUUUCACUGCGCAGCAGCUAAGCCCAUUGAACACUAAACCAGUGUUGACAGUGAAGGAAAGAAAAGAGCACAAUAUUCCAUUUUUUUUUGCAACAUAACAGCUCAUUCCUCUGUACAAGUAGAUGUGGUUUUGAUUUUAUCUAUGCAAAGAUGUGGUGCUGAUUAGGCUUGCUGUAGACCAUCUUUUCCACUCAUCUUGAUUGUCCACGAUAGUAACUGAAGUGGUUGAAACACGUGAUGGCAUGCUUGAAACUGCAUGUUCACCUUGAACCAUGCACAACUGAGCUCUGUGCUGAUGACAAUAAUCAAAUGAAUCAAUAAAGUUGUCUAUUUUUA